CGAUUUAGUCUCUUUUGAGUAACUAACCUAGACGUUUCGUCAAUAUUUUGCAAAAAAUUGUUUCAUGAAACAGCAAAAUGGACAACAAAAUCCGGAUUAUGUGCUUUUUUCCGUUGAUUUUGUCGGUAAUUGUGACAAUUAUUUAUCGUGAAGUCAAUAAGGAGCCUCCAAUUGAUUAUGAAGAAUACCAAAAAAUGCCUCCGUUGUAUCUAAUGGACGACUAUGAUGCUUGUAUGAAUGGCAAAAAAGGCGCAAAAUAUUGUGUUGUGAAUAUUUUAAUUGAAAAAGAUGAAAAAUCUGACUUAUGGAGACAGAUUGAAAAAUUUUCCGCAGACUAUAAGCAUCAUUUUAGACAUGACAUCCUCAAAUAUGGCUUUUGUUUGGAUCGGAUAAGACAAAAUUUAACAAAUUUCGAUCAUACAAAGGAACAUAGACAUUCAAAAAUGAAUUCUAUGGUAGAUGAAAUUCAAUUCAGACAACUUGGAAAAAUUUUAAAGGAGUAUUCGUUCGAUGUUCAAGACGAAAAGGACUUGGAAUUGUACGUGAAGCACAAAUUUCAUACAGAAUAUGCCCUGAAAGCACAUGCUAAUGUCAGUUUUUGCAUCUCCAAUGAUACUGAAAAGCAAGAAAAUGAUUCUGGUUAUUUUGGAAUGAAUUUUCUCGUUAUGUCACUUAUUGUUAUCAUAAUUUGCGUAAUAAUUAUCGCUACUAUAUUCGAUUUUUGUCGCAGCCAAAAAACUUUAGUCUAUCCUGCUGAUUUUUGUUCUUGCAUCUCGUUAAGGACGACUUUCACUAGUCUCUUCAACGAUCCAACUAACUCGAAUCAACUAGGAGUUUUCAACGUAAUAAAAGUUGUUGGAGAAAUGGGUGUCAUUGUUGUUCACACAGCUUACUUUUGUUUCGCUUUUCCUUCUGGCAUCCCGUUUUCGAUUGAAUCGCAAAGUUAUGAACUUAUUGUUCCCAUUAUUCGGAGUGGAGUCUUUCAACUUCAAAAUUUGUUCGCAGUUACGGCUUUUUUGUCGUUUUAUCCGAGCCUCAAAAAAAUCCUAAACGGUGAAAGUGUAACUUUUAAAGACAUUCAACGGAUGAUUUUGAAGCGAAUUUUUCGUCUUUGGCCUGUGAUAAUUUUCGUGAUGCUCGUUAUUGCGACUUUUUUGACUCGCAUUCAAGACGGGCCAAUAUGGAUUGAUCUCACGAGUUUCGAAAUGUUGAGUUGUCGUCGUAAUUGGUGGACCAAUUUAUUAUUUGUGAAUAAUUUUGUGGCAACAACAACUGAGCCGUGCCUUCAACAUACAUGGCAUUUAGCGGCAGAAAUGCAAAUUUUCGUUGUUGAAAUGGUGAUAAUCUUAAUUUUAGCUCGUUUUCCUAAAAAAGUUGGAACAAUCCUCGCAAGUGUGACUUUGCUCGGAAAUUUUGUCACAGCAUUCGCCUUCGUUUAUUCAGGAAUUAAUGGAUUAGUUUUAGUAACAGUCGAGACAACUCGAAAUCGCAACAGAUUUGAUGCAGAAUUCCAACUUGGGCACAUUCCUUUUUACACAAAUUUUCCUGGAUACUGUCUUGGAUUGCUUGCAGCUUAUAUUCAUUAUCAAAUUAGACACAAAAAACUUGAUAUGAGUUCGAUUAGCAAUACAAAACUACGGAUUUGGGCCAUUUUGUUCUUCUUCAAUCUUCUAAUUUUGCUUCAUCAUUCAUACUUAGUUGGAAUUGUUGAUGAACCUUCACUAAUAAUGGCUAUUUACUCCACUUUUUGCAAGAAUUUGGGAGCUAUUACCACAUUUACACUUUUAAUUUUUAUGGGAAAUCCCGGAAUUUCUUCACAAAAUCUCCCUCAAAAGAUAUUGGGAAUUACAAACGUUCCGUUAAUCGACAACUUGUUGCUUAAAUUAUAUGAAUUUUUCAAUUAUCGCUUGUUUACAGUCCUUGCGAAGCUUACUUUGGGAGUUUUUCUCGUACAUCCUUACGUUGCUGGAUGGAUUAUUACUGAUGGCAGACAUCUUGUGAUGUACGGAAAUAAUUUUGACAUCACUUGGAUCGCAUUUUCAACACUUAUCAUUUCAUAUUUCAUCGCAGCAUGGCUAUUUUUGUUUGUUCAAAUGCCCGCAAUUAAUUUAUUUAGACUUUUUGCGUUCAAGAAAUCUGCUGGAAAGGGCAAAAAACUUGAAUGCACAAUGAACAACAAAAUUCGGAUUAUGUGCUUUUUUCCGUUGAUUUUGUCGGUAAUUGUGACAAUUAUUUAUCGUGAAAUCAAUAAGGAGCCUCCGAUUGAUUAUGAAGAAUACCAAAAAAUGCCUCCCUUGUACUUAAUGGAUGAUUACGAUGAUUGUAUGAAUGGCGAAAAUGGCGCAAAAUAUUGUGUUGUGAAUAUUUUAAUUGAAAAAGAUGAAAAAUCCGACGUAUGGAGACAAAUUGAAGAAUUUUCCUCAGACUAUAAGCAUCACUUUAGACAUGACAUCCUCAAAUAUGGCUUUUGUUUGGGCCGGAUAAGACAAAAUUUAUCAAAUUUCGAUGUUACAGAGGCAAAUGGAAGUUCAAAAAUGAAUUUUAAGAUUGAUGAAAUUCAAUUCAGACAACUUGGAAAAAUUUUAAAGGAAUAUUCGUUCGAUGUUCAAGACGAAAAGGUCCUGGAAUUGUACGUGAAGCAUAAAUUUCGCACAGAAUAUGCCUUGAAUGCACAUGCUAAUGUCAGUUUUUGCAUCUCCAAUGAUGCUGAAAGACAAGAAACUGAUUCUGGAUAUUUUGGAGCGAAUUUCCUCAUCAAGUCACUUAUUGUUACCAUAAUUUACACAAUUUUCAUCGCUACUAUAUUCGAUUUGAAUCGCAAUCAAAAUCCUUCAGAUAAUCCUACUGAUUUUUGUUCUUGCAUCUCGUUAAGGACUAAUUUAACUCGUCUCUUCAACGAUCCAACUAGCUCCAAUCAAUUUGGAGUAUUCAACGUAAUAAAAGUUGUCGGAGAAGCGGUAGUUGUUGUCGUUCAUACAGCUUACAUUUUGUUCGUUUUGCCUUCUGGCGUCCCGUUUUCGUUUGAAUCAGAGACUUAUGGACCAUUCGCUCUUAUUUUACGAAGUGUAACCUUUCAAUUACAAAACUUUUUCGCAAUAUCGGCUUUUUUGUCCUUUUAUCCGAAUCUCACAAAAAUUCUCAAAGGUGAAAUUGUAACAGUCAAAGACAUUCAGUGGAUGAUUCUUAAGCGAAUUUGUCGUCUAUGGCCUGCGAUGAUCUUCGUGAUGCUCAUUAUUGCGACUUUUUUGACCCGCAUUCAAGAGGGGCCAAUAUGGAUUGAUUUCUUAAGUUGCGAAAUGUUGAGUUGUCGUCGUAAUUGGUGGACCAAUUUAUUAUUUGUGAAUAAUUUUGUGUCAACAACAACUGAGCCGUGUCUUCUGCAAACAUGGCAUUUAGCAGCAGAGAUGCAACUUUUAGUGGUUGAAAUUUUGGUAAUCUUAAUUUUAACUCGUUUUCCUAAAAAAGUUGGAACAAUCAUCGCAAGUGUCACUUUGCUGGGAAUUUUUUUUACAACAACUGCCUUUUAUAAAUCAGGAAUCAAUGGAUUAGUAUUAGGAACAGUCGAGGAUGCUCGAACUCGCUACAAAUUUGAUGCAGAGUUCCAACUUGGACACAUUCCUUUCUAUACAAAUCUUCCCGGAUUCUGUCUUGGAUUACUUGCUGCUUAUGUUUAUCAUCAAAUUAAGCACAGAAAACUUAAUUUGAAUUCCAUUAGUAAAACAAAACUCCGAAUUUGGUACGUUUUGUUCUUCUUCAACGCUCUAAUUUUACUUUAUCAUUCAUACUACAUUGGAAUUGUUGAUGAACCAUCUUUAAUAAUGGCAUUUUGUUCCACUUUUUGCAAGAAUUUGGGAGCUUUUGUUACAUUUACACUCUUAAUUUUAGUGGAAAGUCCCGGAAUUUCCACAAACAAGCUAAUGAUGAGUACGGGCAUUUCGUUAUUUGACACAUUUUUACUCAAAUUGUACAAAUUUUGCAAUCAUCGCUUGUUCAAAGUCCUUGUGAAGCUCAAUUUAGGGGUUUUUCUCGUACAUCCUUACGUUACUGGACGGAUUAUAACUGAUGGCAGACAUCUUGUGAUGUACGGAAAUGCUUUCGAUAUCGCUUGGAUCGGAUUUUCAACACUUAUCGUUUCAUACUUCAUCGCAGCAUGGCUUUUUCUGUUCAUUGAAAUGCCCGCAAUUAAUUUAUUUAGAUUUUUCUCGUACAAAAAACCUGCUGGAAAGGGCAAAAAACUUGAAUGGUCCCCUUAAAAAGUUGAUUUAUUCAAUAAAAACUAUUUAAAUUUACGCUUUUCUAUGCUAACCAUGUGCUUGUUCACAAUUUUAAGAUCUAAU